AUGUUCAAUUACUUUUCGAAUAACAUUAUUGUAUCAAUUCAGUGCAUAGAGUCUCCAUUUGAAAAUAAAAGAGACAAUCGGUGUGAUAAUUGUUCGACAACAACAACAACAACAACAAACGAUGAUGCAUUGUGUAUAGUUUGUCAAUCUAAUGCAAAAAAUGUUGUUAUAUUCCCUUGCAAACAUUUGUGCUUGUGUUUAGAUUGUAGUUUAACAAUUAUGAAUACACAACGAAAAAAUUGUCCAAUUUGCAGACGACACAUUGAUAAUACCAUUGAAGUUUAUUUGUGA